AUGGGCAAGAACAGAAAGCAAAAGGCUGAGCGUCUCCAGCUCGAGGCACAAGCUGCCGCUCAAGCUGCGACAGCAGCUCUGAGCCCUGGCGGUAUCGCGGACAGCAUCGCCCAGCUCCAAGCAGCCGCCGCCGCCGCCGAGGCUGAGGCUGAAGCCAGCAGCAAGUUGCAAGGAACCGCCUUGGCUCGCGAGAGCUCUGACCAGAGUGCAAGUAGCGGUACCAGCCUCAAACGUGCCGCGCCCCACGACGACAACGAUGGGGACCAAGACGGCGGCGGAUGGCAAAAGGUGGAGAGGUCCAACAAGAAACUGAAGAAGGUGCCCAAGGAAGGCUCUUCCUCCUACCCCUCGAUCGCUUUCGCCUCGUCGGCCAAGCUGUUUUCCAAGAUCAACGUCUCCCAGCUACGCGACCUCUGCCUCUACAUCUUCGCCGACGGUCCUGCGCCAACAUGGAUCGCCGUCCAACACCGACCUCAGUUCCGCAAGGUUGUCGUCCUCAUGAUACCUGGCCUCGAAGAAGCCAUGUUCACCGGCAAGGUGGACUUUGGCACGUACAACUCGGCUUCCACCAAGGAUGAGGAGCGGACAAUCACGACACCCGACGACUUUUACCCCCGCCUGCUCAAGUCCGACUACCUCCCCCCGGUGCUGCAGCCGUGGCUCGACAUGUUCCCCCAUCUGUGGCCUGUGAGGGCGCCCGGCGACGACAAGCAUAUGAAGCUGCACUCUCCCAUGGGCACCUUCCUGACGGCGCCCCUCGCCAAGACCAAGGACAAGGGCGUCAAGCCCGCCAAGGAGCCCAACGGCUGGAAGAACGAACGGACGCGCAUCACCGAGUUUCUGGCCUCGGUUGAUGAGCUCGAGGCCAACGGCCACCUUAUUCAUCCGGCCCUGAUCGACGAUGAGGCCAAACGCGCCGCGUUCAAGGCACCUGACGGAUGGGUCGUCACGAGAGUCGACAAGCUCGAAGACGCUGACGUGCCCGAGGCAGAGGUCGAGCAGGGCAGCGUCACAGCCGGCCGGGAAUGCUUGGCUCUGGACUGCGAGAUGUGCAUGACAGGCGAGAGCGAGUACUCUCUUACCAGGAUCAGCGUCAUCUCCUGGUCCGGCGAGGUCGUCAUGGACGAGCUCGUCAAGCCCGACAAACCUAUUACCAACUACGUCACCCAGUUCUCGGGCAUCACCGAAGCCAUGCUUGCGCCAGUCACAACAACACUGCGCGACAUUCAGAACAAGCUCCUCGACCUCAUUACACCACGCACCAUUCUCAUCGGACACUCACUCGAGUCUGACCUCAAGGCUCUCCACCUCUCUCACCCUUUCAUCGUCGAUACAUCCCUCAUCUUCCCCCACCCUCGCGGCCCGCCUCUCAAGUCUUCUUUGAAGUGGCUUACGCAGAAGUACCUCAACCGCGAGAUUCAGCGCGGCGGAGCCAACGGCCACAACCCUGUGGAGGAUGCUCGCGCCUGUCUCGACCUGACUCGUCAGAAGUGUGAAAAGGGCAAACUCUGGGGCAGCUCCGAUGCGCAAGGCGAGAAUCUCUUCCGCCGGCUCGCACGGGCAGGCACAUCCUACAAGGCACAGGGAGGUGAUGCAGCGCAGGGUGGUGUCGUCAGCGGCAAGACAAGCGCCGCCGUUGACUGGGGCGACCCGUCCAAGGGUCCUGGCGCCGGUGCUACUCACCAGAUCGGCUGCCGUUCCGACGAGGAAGUCACUGAGGGCGUCAUCCGUGCCGUCCAGGGCGACCCCGAUGGUGCCGUGAUUCGUGGUGGCGGUGUCGACUUUGUUUGGGCACGAAUGCGCGAGCUCGAGGCGCACCAGGGGUGGUGGAAUCGCAACCGCGGCGAGAAUGGCGGCAUUGGGCCGCCCGACGUCGAGCCCGAAGCCGCGCCAGGCGAUGAGAGGCCGCCCCUCGAGCGAUGCCUUGCGCGCCUGACGGAGAGGCUAGGGCGCAUCCACGCGGCUCUACCCAAGUGCACGGCUUUCAUGGUUUAUUCGGGCUCUGGCGAUCCGCGCGAAAUGGCGCGUAUGCAGGCGGUUCACGCACAGUGGCGCAAAGAAUACAACACCCCGGGUAAGAAGUGGGAUCAGUUGAGCGUCAAGUGGACAGAUGCAGAGGAUCAAGCGCUCAAGAAGGCGGUCAGACGGGCGAGAGAAGGACUGGGCUUCAUCUCGGUCAAGUGA